GAAUUCGGCGGCAGUCCAUCAAUACAACGACAUGGUGAUGGUUAGAGCAUUUAGAAAUAUUCCAGGCGGAGGAAAAGGUUUUUUAGAGUUGGUGCGCACAUAUUUUCGUCUGUACUGCGAGAAAUCCACAAUACACUGCGUGCGCUACUUGUAUGAUCCCCAUUUGCACAAUAUUGAGCGGCUCAUCUGGUGUGUGCUUCUAAUAGUGAGCUUGACUUUGUGCUGCAUUUUUUAUUUACUACUUUCUGAACGCUUCUAUGCACAGAAGCUUGAAACUGUUGUCGAGGAUCCACAAUAUCCUGUUUUCUAUGUGAAAUUUCCCGCAGUGGGCGUCUGUGCGGACAAUCGGAUCAACUGGAGCAAAUUGGAAGCGGCCAAAGCUCAGUUUUUACCUCAAAAUGCAAGCACAAAAGUAGAGGAUAUUUUCACACUUCUAGUGUCACGCAUGGAAACCCUACGCUUUGGUGAUUUUCAGUACAGUGAGACGGAAAUGGAAGAUCUUAAUCUGGAGGUACUGGACUUUAUCAACAUAACAUCGUUGGCUUUAUUUCUCACGCUGCGCUGCGAGGAUAUAAUCGUGCCGAAGACAUGCGAGUGGCGACGUGCCCCCUUCAAUUGCUGCGACUUCUUUAUUCUGGAAAAAACCGAGUAUGGUUUUUGUCUCGUCUUUAAUUCGGAACUAUCGCCCACAUCGCGGGACAUAAAAGCGCGGGAGGGCGGGAGCUUCUAUCCGAGACACAAUUCGAAAGCCGGUCAAGGAACAGGUCUGAAUUUUAAUAUUAUGCUACGUGAUAGUUUUAAGCGUCCCAAUUCAACGGCCAAGGAUAAUGUCUAUAUUAUGAUCAAAAAAUCGGAUCAAAUGAGCAAUGUAGUGUACUCCAUGACGCCGAAUACGGAGACUUACAUUACAGUGCGUCCCGAGAUAACCAACACGGAUGAGACCACACGCAAUAUGCCGCCAGAGCGUCGAAAUUGCCUGUUUUCUGACGAGCACACGGAUUUUGGAACUAGCGAUGUCACCAAACGAUUUAGUAAAGAAUUUUUGCUCACCAAUUGCCUUAAUCAUUGCCAUGAGUCCUAUUUGGUAAAAUUGUGCAACUGCUCAUUGCCUAUUUUCUUCGUAAGCAACUCCAAAGUGCCUGAUUGCACUGCGUCUAGCUUGCGUUGCCUAUCGCGGAACCAUGACAUUCUCAGCUACGAUAAACGGCAAGAGGAGGACGUUUAUUUCAGCGCCACCAAGCCGGGCAUGACGUGCUACUGCCUUGUCAGCUGUAAUCUAAUAGAAUAUUACACAGCCCUGACAACUUUGCCACUCCACAUUGAACAGGUAAAAAAGGAAACGUCCGAAAAACUCAUUAAGAUUGAUGUGCAUUACCAAAUCGAUACGAUUGUCAAAUAUCGCACAAGUCUCGAGUUCUCCAGCAUAGACCUAAUUGCCAAUUUGGGUGGCAUUUUCGGCUUGUGCCUAGGUGCCUCUAUGGUCAGCGCCGUCGAGCUGUUCUAUUACCUGACUCUGGGGUUCGCGUUGCAUUUGUACGACAAUGCCUACUACGGAGUAUUGUGGGAUGAAGUCAAAUUAAAG